CUCCCUACCUCUCACUUCUCUCACUCAUAAGAAGGGUGGCCAGCUUCAAGAGAGGAGGGAGGGACAUAUUUUCUCCUCCCUCACAGCCUCUCCCUCACUCUCCCUCAUACUCUCCCUUAUACCCAGCGAUGGAGGUCCUCAUGAAAGAUGAGAGGGAGGACAUUCAGAAGAAGACCUUUGCCAAGUGGAUCAAUUCCCAGCUCGCCAAGGGUCACCAUCCACCUGUAACUGACCUCUUCUAUGACCUCCGGGAUGGCACUCGACUCCUGGCACUGCUGGAAGUCCUCACUGGGAAGACCUAUAGGCGCGAGAAGGGGCGUAUGCGCGUACACCAUCUCAACAAUGUGAGUCGCGCCCUAGCUGUCCUCGAACAACAUGGCGUGCGGCUCAUCAAUAUAUCCAACGAGCACAUUGUGGACGGAUCUGCCAAGCUCACCCUCGGACUGGUGUGGGCUGUCAUCCUCCACUGGCAGGUCCAAGGAGUGCUGAAGGAUGUGAUGUCCGAUCUUCAACAGACCAACCUUGAAAAGACUCUCCUCGCUUGGUGCCGACAGACCACCAAAGGCUACAACGUGGACAUCCGCAAUUUCACCACGUGCUGGGCGGAUGGUCUGGCCUUCAGCGCCCUACUCCACGCACACCGCCCACAGCUGUUUGAGUGGACUGUGGUGGCGCGGAAACACCCCUAUGCCCGCCUGGAGACUGCCUUCCGGGUGGCUAAUGAACAUCUGGGCAUCGAGAGACUCCUGGACCCUGAAGACGUCAACUCGCAGACCCCCGACAAGAAGUCCGUCAUGAUGUAUGUGAUGUGUCUGUUUCAAGCUCUUCCACAUGACUCAUUCACCAUGGACCACCUUGACACAUCGCUGGACUCCGCCUCUACUUCCACCACCGCUGGCUCCACUCUGGGUCUGGAGGCUUCAGGUGUUGGGAGCUCCAUAGGGAAGGGCCGACCUCUGUCCACAGCCAGCAUCGGUCUUGGGGGCUACCAGCGGACCCUUGAGGAGGUGCUGAGCUGGCUGCUGGGUGCUGAGGACAGACUCGCUGCUAUGCCCCCCAUCGCUGACUCUACCGACGCAGUGAAGGACCAGUUUCAUGAUUUAGAGGAACUGAUGCUCGACCUGACCUCCAAGCAAGGGGGUAUCGGGGAUGUGCUCGGGGAGGGGUCAAGACUGCUCCGGGAAGGGGUGAUGGAGGAGGAGGAGGAGGAGGAGGUGCGCGUUCAAAUGAAACUGUUGAACACACGCUGGGAGGAGCUGAGAGUGCGUGCCAUGGACCGACAAUCAAGGCUACAUGAGCGAUUGAUGGCCCUGCAGCAACGCCAACUGGAAGGAUUGAAGAAGUGGUUGACUGAAACGGAAGAUCGGAUUGCCAACAUGAGCCAGGUCGGCCCCACCGUGGAGGCCCUGAAGGAGCAGGUCACAGCACACCAGCAGCUUCAGCAGGACCUGGAGGCUGAACAGAGCAACAUCAACUCCCUCUCAAACAUGGUGGUGGUGGUUGACGAGGCCUCGGCUGAUUCAGUGUACAGCAACCUGGAGGACGAGCUCAAUGCCCUGGGGGAGCGCUGGGCACACAUCUGCCGCUGGACUGAAUCUCGCUGGUCCACUCUGCAGACCCUCAACCUGUAUUGGCCGAGGUUCGAGGAGGACAUGGGCAGGCUGAAGGAGUGGCUGGAUUUGAAGGGCAAGAUGCUACGGGGGUUUGAGAGCGAGCCAGCGACGGAUGACAGCCAGGUCCUGCGACACGCCUCGGCCCUCCAGAUCCUCGAGGCGGAGAUGGAGUCCCAGCAGCAGCGUUUCGACCACCUCCAGGACGCUUCCGCCAAGAUCCUGAUCCACAUCCCACAGGACUCCACUCCACAUAGGACACUCCCGACCCAGCUGGAGGAUGUGCAAGAUUCCUUUGACCUCCUGACCAGCAUGGUGGAGGCACAGACCACUAGGCUCUCCGCAAGUGGAAUCGACAUCAAAAAGGUCAGCAUACCAGUGGAGAGUGGAGGUGCGGGCGGAGGUGCGAGUGGAGUGGAGGUGGUUCGCUCCUCCACUUCCACCAUCACCUCCAAGGACUCCUCCACCACCCUCAUCACCAAGGUCAUCACCACUAAGGUCACGGAGACGGUCUCCGGCAGCUCCGUCAAGCGGCAGAAGAUGGAAGGUGGAAGCCAGGUGGACUUUUCCGUUGCCCUGACCAAGCUCGGGGAGUGGAUGGAAGGGGCGGAGCAGAAGGCAGGUGGAGGCGAGAUCCACCAGCUGUCACUCCACCAGCUGGCACUCCUCUUGAACCAACUGGAGGCGGAGAUGGCGGAUCAACAGGCAGAGUACAACCAGGUGGUGAGUCUCGGUGAGUCCGCCCUCUCGGAGACCUCCACCACCGGGGAGAGCGACGGUGGAGUGGCGGAGAUGGUGGAAGGCGUCGUGCAGAGGUGGAGCGCCCUCACCCACAUGCUGGAGGAGAUAAGGUGUCGCAUGGGGUUCCUCACCUGCCAGGAGGAGGUGACAGGGAGCCUCGUUAACCUGGAGAAGAAGAGGGAGCAGGUGGAGCAGUGGGUGGAGGAGGAGGUGGAGGAGGAGCGGAAGAGGAGGGAGAAGGGAGAGGAUGGUGCUGGUGCUGGUGGUGGAUGGGAGAUCAAGUUCGAGGAGGUGGAGACGAGCGAGGUGGAGGCGGAGGGGCUGCGGAGGAAGGUGGAGGGACUGGAGGAAAGGUGGGCGGAGGAGAAACAGGUGCUGGUGAGGAAAGUGGAGGAAAACUUGGAGGGAUGGAGGAAACUGAGGGAGAGACUUCGCGAACGGACCACAACCACAUCAACCACAUCAACCGACCAAGACGCAACCGAACUGAUGGAAGCAACAAUCACCCCGACAACAACAACAACAACAGCCUCCCCCGCCCCGCCCCAGGCCCCAAGCCCCGCCCCGCAGCCCCGCCAGCCCCCCGAGGCCCUGCUGAAGGCUAUAGGGGCCUCCCGCGAGUGGCUGGAGGGGCUGGGGGCUUCCUUAGGGGGGGGCGUGGGCGUCUCCAUGGGGGUGUCGGAGAUGGAGGAGAAGUUGGAGAGAUUGAAGGAACUCCAACAAAAAGUGGACUCGGAACGCACAAACAUGGACCACAUAAACUCCACCUGCUCUGCCCUGGUGAAGGAGGCGGAGGCGGAAGGGGGCGUGGAGGGAUGCGUGGAGCUCCAGGUGGAUGUGCGGAAGCUGAGUGACCAGUGGGAGGCGACAACACGCACCCUUAAGGAGAAAGUGGAGGGGGUGGAAGAAGCUCUCAAGAAAGUGCGUCAGUUCGAGGAGGAGGUGUGCGGACUUCAGUCGUGGCUCGGGGAGGUGGAGGUCUUCCUUGGGGCGGAGGAGGCGGCCCUGGGAGAUGUGGAGACCCUGGAGGCACAGCUGGAGCAAAGCAAUGCUCUCCAGGACGACAUCACCACGCUCCGCACCAACAUGGACAACAUCGCAACCACCGGGACCCAGCUGGUGGUGGAGGCCCGGGCGGAGGAGCCGGCUGGUGUGGAGUUCGCUGGCGGUCUGGAGAGGCGGCUGGCGGCCCUCACCCACCGCUGGGAGACUGUCACCCACAUGGCAACGCUGCAGAACAAGAGUUUGAGGGAGGCUCUCACCCGCAGCCAGAAGGUUCACAAAGACUUACAAGACAUCACAUCAUGGGUGGAGGAGGUGGAAACUCGGAUACCACACACCACCUCCACCACAACCACCACCUCCGCCAUCAAGACCCCAGAGCAGCUCACCGCAGCCGCCGAGACCUUCAAGACACUGCAGGAGGAGUUGGCGGCCAAGACACAGGAUUUGAAUGCCCUGAAUAAGUUUGGGGAAGAGAUGUUGCGGGCGGACUCAGCAGCCACCCACGAGGACCUGGCCAGGCGGUUCACCCAGGUCAACGCAAGGUGGAAGAAGGUGGAGCAGGAGGUGGAGGAGGGACAGAAGCGGAUGAGUGAGGCAGCCCAGCGGUUUGAGGAGUUCAGGAGGCUGUGUGGGCAGGAGGAGGCAUGGUUGGGUCAGCUGGAGGGCAUGUUGAGGGGGUCGUCCAGGAAUGCUGUUGAUGCUGAGGAGAUUUCGGAAGCCUUGGAUGCACUGGACCUCUUCCUCCACACCCAUGACGAGGGGCGGCUGGAGUCCAUCCGGCGGGCGGGUGAGGGGCUGGUGGGAGGCGGAUGGCUGGUGGAUGAGGUCACCCGCACCACCCAAGGACUCACCCAGCGCUUCAAUGACCUCAACGCACAGGCCCAAGAGAGGCAGACAGGACUGGAGGGCCGCAUCCAAGAGGCGCAGGCUUGGGAGAGGGAGUAUGUGGGGGUGCUGGACCACCUCACCCAAGCUGACGCAUCCCUCUCGCAGGCCCUGACGGAUGGGGUGAUGCUGCUCGAUGUGAAUGUGGUGGAGCAGGAGCUGACAGGGCAGGUGGAGGUGCUGGAGCGGAUGCGUGCCCAGGUGGAGGUGUACCACGUGGAGGGGAAGGGGGAAGCUGCCAGCAGACUGCAAGACCAGGUGACCCAUUUACAGCGGAAGUAUGAGGAGGUACAGAUGAAACUCCACCUCUGUCAAAAGUCCCCCGAGUUUGACCAGCGGCUGGACGCCAUUGAAGAACAGCUGUUGGCGGUUCGGGGCGAGGCAGCAGCUCUCGCCCCGGCCUCCCCCGACCCCGAUGACAUCCAGACCCAGUUGACGGAUUGCAUGGGCCUAUACCAGACCCUCAGCGACAUCAAAGGGGAGGUGGAGGGGGUCAUAGCGGAAGGGCGGAAGAUCGUCAAGGAAGGUCACAGUGCCGACCCGGAUGACCUGACGGCACAGCUGGACCGGGUCAAGGCACUCUACAACCAGCUGGGCGGAGCAGUGACGGAGCAGCGUGGAGCACUGGAACGCGCCUUGCGGAAUGCCCGUAAGCUGGGCAAGGAAUGUGGACUUUUGGAGGAGUGGAUGGGUGGAACGGAAGCGGAGUUGGACCAGCGAGAGGCGGCCGUUCCCACCCAGAAUUUACAGGCGGAAGCGCAUUUUGUACAGCACGCCCUUGAAGACCUUUCCCGACGCAAACCCCAACUGAUCGGGCUUCAAGAGGGGCUGGCCAACCUCCUUCAGCAACAGCCCCCAACCAGCCCCGCCGGCCCCAGCCCCGCCAGCCCCAGCCCGUUCGAGGAGAGAGUGUCCGAGCUGAAGCAUACCUGGGAAAGAAUCACAACAAGGCUUAAUAAUAGGCUUGUGAAUAUACAGAGCGAGCAGGCUGGCAAGGAAGCAGAGAUGGAAUCCUUCAUCGUAGGACUUGGGGAGGUCAAAGGCUGGCUAGAGAGCACAGAGGCACAGCUGACCACCCUCCCCUCAAUCCCCACGGAGGAGCAGGAGAGGCUGGUCCAGGCAGUGUCCUUGGAGGCCCAGCGGUACAAGGGACAGAUCAAGGAUAUUCGAACCACCUCAGAGGCCCUGGUUCGGCAUGGGGUCCUGUUUCAAGCGAGGAUCACGCCAGAACUUGAGGAGAUCAACAGGAGAUGGGAGAGAAUCUACGUCGCUCUACAGAUGUGGUUAGACGGUGCAGUCACAUCCACCCCCCAUCCACCCCAUCCACCCGCCUCCUCCCCUCCACCCCAGUGCUUGGAAGGGGGUGCUGGAGGGGUGAGCGGGGGGGGCAGCGAGCGCCCUACCCCAGGGGAGGCGCGAUACUCUAAGGUUGUUGGUAUGGGUGAUUUAGUGCGUGAUAUGGGCGUUAGUGGUCACCCAGGGUUGGCGGGUGAGGCGUCAUGGCACCCGGGGGCCCUGGGGGAGGUGGCGGUCUGGGGGGAGGGCCAUGCACCCCCGUCGCCCCCCUCACCUCCCUCGCACCCCAUACAGAUCACCCAUUCCGCAAGUGGUCUCCCUCCGUCGAUGGUGGAAUUCUUACGCCGACAUAACGUGAUGGUGGAGGAGGAUGUGGAGGGUGUGGAGCGGGUGGAACGGGGAGAUGCACCCUUCGCGUCUCUCCCCCCGCCGUCGCACCCUGGGGGAAUGCCUGGGGAGUGGGAUGGGGCCUACUUUUCCUUCCCUUCUCUUCCCAUCACAAAGUACGACACGGCCAUUCAAGAUUUCCCGCACCCCCUCACAUCCCAUGCUGUCAGGGGUGCCAGAGAGGUGCCAGGCAGGUCUCGAGUGGGUGGGAUGUGGGGCGAGGACUCAGCCAUCCACCCCAUCCGCCUCAUCCACCACACACAAGUGGAUGAGGUUAAAAAAUGGCAUGUGAAGAAGGAGGUGAGAUUUCAAGAAGUGGAUGAGGAGAUUCCGGAUGUCUUCAGCGGAGAGGAGAUGGAUGAGGAUGCGGAGGUGGAUGACGGGUGUGUGGAAGGCGCCCCUACGCAUACGGAGGUGGUGGAGGCUGCGGAUAUGGAAAGCGGAUCACUAGUGGAGGUUACGUAUCAGGUGGAAGAUUGUAAAAAGCGGAGGAUUGGAACCCACACCUCCCCCUUGGAUGUGGAUGACGGGGUGUGGAUGGCGGAUGAACCCAGACCUCCCACACCCCCUACGCCCUCCACACGCACCCACACAUCACCCCAAACCACCCCAGAAACGGAUGAAUCGGACAUCAUCACAAGCCUCGGCGACACUCGGAAAAUCUCAACGGCAUCGUCCACUUGUGAAUGUGUCCCCUUAGAGGUUCUGGGUGACCCUGACCUGACCUCGCUUGACCUGACCAUGACCCCGGCCUUCCCCACGCUGACCAACGAGCCGGGGACGCUGGACGACGAUAGGGGCGGACUUGUCACAGCGGAAGUGGUGUGCGUCGAGACCCAAAGCAGAAACCAUGAUAUUGAGCGGAGGAUUUCAACUGCUUCCAUAGAGGUGGAUUUGGAGGCGGAGGAGGCUGUGGAGGAGGUGGAAGCCGAGGGGGAGGUGCCGGCUGCCUUUGCGUGCAUGGGGGAGGUGGGAGCUGUAGGGGUUAGGGUCAUUCGGAAGUGGACAGCGGAUGUAACUGUGAAGUCCAAGGUUCAGGUAUAUGAUGGAACGCAGCCUCCUCCACAUCACAUCCCACUCUCUCGCUCCUCCUCCGCCACACCCCGCUCCACACCCACCCCAGCCACACCUCCUACCUCCCCGAUCCCUGCCACACCAACUCCCCCCCCGAUUUCACCUCCCCCUUCGCAUCAUAUCUCAGUUCUUCCUCCUCCUCCUUAUUCCUCUGUCACAUCCCCCCUUGUCACAUCUACCCCUGUCACAUCCCCCCAAAUUUGGCACCCUUUAGCCGCACCUGUUUCCACACCUCCCAUGACAGCCGCACCUCCUCCUACCACACCUCCCUCUGUUGCAUCCCCCCAAAUUUCACAUCCUCCAACCACACCUGUUUCUGAACCUCCUGUGAUAGCCGCACCUUCCCCUGUCACAUGUCUCUCUACCGCAUCUCCCUCUACCACAUCUCCCCUGACCACAUCCCAAGCCACAUCCCUGACCACAUCCCCGACCAAAGAUGCGGCUGAAACUGAAGAUCCGACACGCAAGCUCUCAACCGCAUCAACCGAAUUUAACCUUACCGAGGAGGAGGUGGUUGGGGUGUUUCAGGAAGCCACACCUAUGACCACAUCCUUCGCUGCGGAGAGGCGGGUCGCAUCCCACACCUCCGACACAUCCCCGGGUCUGGCUAGGGGUGUGGCUGUCUCGAGUGUGGUGGUGGUGGUGGGGCCUGAGGUGGAGGAGGAGGUGGAGGAGGUGGAAGAGGGAAGAAAUGGUGUGGAUAGAGAUGUGGAAAUGAAGGAGGAGGAGGAGGAGGAGAAGGAAGAGGAAGAUGUUGAAAUGAAGGAAGAGGAGGAGGAGGAGGAGGAAGAAAGGAAGGAAGAGGAGAAGAAGAAGAAGAAGAGAGGGAGGAAGAGGAGGAAGAAGGGAGUAACAGGGAAGGAGGAGGAAGGAAGGAGGGAAGAUGUGAAGGAGAAGAAGAAGAAGAAAGAGGAGGAGGAGGAGGAGGAAGAGGAGGAAAAGAAAGAGGAGGAAGGAAGAAGAAUUGAAGAAGAAGAAAAGGAAGAAGAGAAAGGAAGAAAGAAGAAGAAGAAGAAGAAGAAGGAGGAGGAGGAGGAGGAGGAGGAGGAGGAGGAGGAAGAAGACCCCCUACCCCCCCUACCACCCCCAUGCCUACCCUGGGGGGGGCCUGGGGUGGAGCUCAAGGGGCGGAAGAUCUCCACAGCAUCGCUCGAGGUGGAAGAGGAGGAGGAGGAGGUGGAGUUAGUCGAACCCCCAGGGGAGGAUCGGCCCCUGGGGAGAUACGCCGCUCUCACCCAGGUGCAUGAAUCCCCUGGGGAGUAUAACCUGGCUCUCAUCACCACCGUGGAGGCGAUCACAGGGGAACCCCAGGGGAGGGAGGAGGCACUCAAAGCCCCAGGGUCACUAUCAUCGGAGGAAAUCCUACCCCUGGGAUGUGAGGCGGCCCUUCUCGCACCCUCCACCCCCAGUGACCUUGACCUUCCCCUGGGUGAGCUGCUUCCCAGGUCGAACGAGUCGGCUCUCCCCCAGGGGUACACGUUCGCUGCCCCUGUGGAGGAGUGUGACAACCCCUGGGAUGCCAUGUCCUACUAUGACCUCCGGGAGUCCUUGGCACUGCAGGAUAGGUAUGGGGUGGCACUCACGGUCACAGGGUUGCUGGGGAGUGCCACAGGGGAGGGUGCCACAGGGGACUCCCCAUGUGGAUUGAGAAUUACCUCCAUCCACUCUUCCGCUCAUAGUCUCUUGGAUGUGGAGAAGAAGAAGGAGGAGGAGGAGAUGGAGGUGGAGGAAGGAGGAAAGGAAGAGAAGAGGAAGGAAGAGGAGGAGAAGGAGAGUGAGAGGAAGAGGAUGAGAGUGGAAGAGGAGGAGAAGGAGGAGGAGGAGAGGACAGUGAAGGAAGAGGAAGAGGCAAAAGUUAAGAAGAAGAGGAAAGAGGAGGAGGAGGAGGAAGAGGAGACAGAGAAGAAGGAAGAAGAGGGAAUGAAGGCAAGGAAGAGGAAGGAAGAGGAGGAAGAGAAGAGGAAAGAGGAAGAAGAGGAAGAGGAAGACUUAACAGAAACCAAGAGGAGGAAAGAGGAAGAGGAGGAAACAGAGACCAUGAAACCAAAGAGGAGGAAGGAGGAGGAAGAGAAGAAAGAGGAAGAAGAGGAAGACUUAACAGAAACCAAGAGGAGGAAAGAGGAAGAGGAGGAAGAGGAAGAAGAGGAAGACAUAACAGAAACCAAGAGGAGGAAAGAGGAAGAGGAGGAAGAGGAAGAAGAGGAAGACAUAACAGAAACCAAGAGGAGGAAAGAGGAAGAGGAGGAAGAGGAAGAAGAGGAGGACAUAACAGAAACCAAGAGGAGGAAGAGGAAAGAGGAAGAGGAAGAGGAAGCGGACAUCGAAGAACCAAUCCGCCCACUGAAACGCCCACUGAAACAGGACACCAUUGACCUGACCCACCUUAAGAACAUCAAUCCCACACCUGUCUCAAAAUCCCCAGGUAAACCCCCCUCGAACCUGAUCAAGAUGUCACAGGUUAACGAGACUCCACCUGUACCUGUCUUUAACCUGCCCUACAAGCCACAGGUAAAGAGGCCUACAGGUACAGGUAAGGUCGUUAGUCCACAGGUAAUUGAGGUGGAGGAGGUGGAGGAGGAGGUGGUUACGAGGAGUGUGUAUCUUCCACCUGGUGUGAAGGGACAGGUGGAGGAGGGGAGAGGUGGAAGAGUGUUUCCCGCGCCUCAGGUUGUGGAGUUGGAAGUUUUGGCAAAAGUUUCACCUGAAGUGUUACCGGAAGUUUCACCAAAAGUUUCACCUGAAGAAGUUUUACCUGAAGUUUCACCAAAAGUUUCAUCUGAAGUUUUACCUGAAGUUUCAUCUGAAGAAGUUUUACCUGAAGUUUCAUCUGAAGAAGUUUUACCUGAAGUUUCACCAGUAGUUUCACUAAAAGUUUCAUCUGAAGAAGUUUUAUCUGAAGUUUCACCAAAAGUUUCAUCUGAAGAAGUUUUACCUGAAGUUUCACCAAAAGUUUCACCUGAAGUUUUACCAAAAGUUUCAUCUGAAGAAGUUUUACCUGAAGUUUUGCCUGAAGUUUUACCUGGAGAAGUUUCACCUGAAGUUUUGCCGGUUUCAUCUGAAGUUUCACCUGUUUCAAUUGGAGUUUCAGCUGAAGUUUUACCUGAAGUUUCACCAGUAGCUUCAGUGGAAGUUUCAUCUGUUUCACCUGAAGUUUCACUGGAAGUUUCAUCUGUAGUUUCACCUGAAGUUUCACCUGUGGAGGGAGUGAAACAUGAACCAGGUAGAGAAAUGAAGUUAGAAUGUGAAACUACACCUUGGGAAGUUUCAUUUGGGGAGGAAGUGAAGUUAGCAGCAGAAGUUUCACCUGGAGAGAAAGUGAAGCAUGAACCAGGUAAAAAAAUGAAGUUGGAAUGGAAAUUUACACCUGGAAAAGUUUCAUUUGGGGAGGAAGUUUUGCCUGGAGAAGUUUUACCUGAAGUUUCACCUGAAGUUUCACCUGUUUCACCCAAAGAAGUUUUACCUGAAGUCUUACCUGGAGUUUCAUUGGAAGUUUCACCUGAAGUUUCACCUGAAGUUUCACCCAGAGAAGUUUUACCUCAAGUCUUACCUGGAGUUUCAUUGGAAGUUUCGCCUGAAGUUUCACCCAGAGAGGAAGCGAAUCGUGAAACCUCUAAGGGAGCGAAGUUGCAAGCUCGUGAAGUUAAAAUCGACGUUCAAGAAAUAAAGUUCGAAAUACAGAAAGAAUCCAAACUUGAGGACAUUAUAAAAGAACUUGAGUUUGAGGAUGUCCAGUUGACGGAGGGGACGUUAGAGGAUGUCCCAGCGUCUCCACGUGUCCCACCAAUGCCUACAGGGACCCAGAACGGACACCACAAGGGCACAGUGCGGGAUAUGCCUAUUAAGGGUGCCAUUCACUAUGUCCCACAUGUCCCAAUCGAGCCUAUGGACACCCCAAGCCAGUCGGACAUGGGAGCGCUUGGGUAUAUCCCGCAUGUCCCACCCAAGGCGCCACAGAUACCUCCCAGGGUGUCCCAUGUCCCUGGUGCUGCCCCCCAUGUCCCACCGAGAGCUCCCGUCAUUCAGGAGGUGUUUAAGGACAUGGAUGUGCCUGGGAUGUCCAUUUCAGGCACCACAGGGCAGCAAGUUGAGGUUCAUUAUGUCCCACAUGCCCCAGGUGACCUAAUGUGGGAUGUCCCAGGUGAGGGCACUGACCAGGGACAUCUGCAGAAGGACAUGGGUGGCGUGGGACAUCCUACCAUGCCACCCUUGGACAUGAAGCAGGAUUUGGGACAGAAGGGCAAAGGGGGAAAGCUAGGAUAUGUCCCCCAUGUCCCAGUGUCCCAGGAAGCCUUAGAGGAAGCUGAGAAAGUCCCGGACAUCAGACCAGAGACUAAGGAAGCUUCUGAGGACAUCACGAAGGUAGUUUCAAAGGUGGAGAAAAGGGACAUCAAGAUCAAGUAUGUUCCCCAUGUCCCAGUGUCCCAGGAGGCUAUAGAACAGUCUGAGAAUAUCCCGGACAUCAGACCAGAGCCUAAGAAAAUCCCUGAGGACAUCACGAAGGUAGUUUUAAAGGAGGAGAAAAGGGACAUCAAAAUAAAGUAUGUCCCACAUGUCCCAGUGUCCCAAGAGUCUAUAGAGGAAGCUGAGAAAGUCCGGGACAUCAGACCAGAGCCUAAGAAAAUCCCUGAGGACAUCACAAAGGUAGUUUCAAAGGAGGGUAAAAAGGACAUCAAGAUCAAGUAUGUCCCACAUGUCCCAGUAUCCCAAGAGGCUCUAGAACAGUCUGAGAAAGUCCCGGACAUCAGACCAGAGACUAAGGAAGCUUCUGAGGACAUCACAAAGGUAGUUUCAAAGGAGGAGAAAAGGGACAUCAAGAUCAAGUAUGUCCCACAUGUCCCAGUAUCCCAAGAGGCUCUAGAACAGUCUGAGAAAGUCCCGGACAUCAGACCCAAGACUAAGGAAAUGCCUGAGGACAUCACAAAGGUAGUUUCAAAGGUGGAGAAAAGGGACAUCAAGAUCAAGUAUGUCCCACAUGUCCCAGUAUCCCAAGAGGCUCUAGAACAGUCUGAGAAAGUCCCGGACAUCAGACCCAAGACUAAGGAAGCUUCUGAGGACAUCACGAAGGUAGUUUCAAAGGAAGUUAAAAAGGACAUCAAGAUCAAGUAUGUUCCCCAUGUCCCAGUAUCCCAAGAGGCUCUAGAACAGUCUGAGAAAGUCCCGGACAUCAGACCAGAGACUAAGGACGUACCCGAGGACAUCACAAAGGUAGUUUCAAAGGAGGAGAAAAGGGACAUCAAGAUCAAGUAUGUUCCCCAUGUCCCAGUGUCCCAGGAGGCUCUAGAGGAAGCUGAGAAAGUCCCGGACAUCAGACCAGAGCCUAAGAAAAUCCCUGAGGACAUCACAAAGGUAGUUUCAGAGGAGGGUAAAAAGGACAUCAAGAUCAAGUAUGUCCCACGUGUCCCAGUGUCCCAAGAUGCUGAAGAGGCCAUUAGGACAUCCCAAGACAUAAAGGACUCCAAGGACAUACCAAAGGACAUCCCAAUACCCAAGGAAGGACACAAAGCUCCCAAGAUACAGUAUGUCCCCCAUGUCCCAGUGUCCCAGGAGGCAGAACAAGCUCAUAGGACAUCCCAGGACACACAGGAAGAUAAGGACACCAGGAAGCCCCAGGAUAUGCCCAAGGACAUCCCAAUACCCAAGGAAGGACACAAAGCUCCCAAGAUACAGUAUGUCCCCCAUGUCCCAGUGUCCCAGGAGGCAGAACAAGCUCAUAGGACAUCCCAGGACACACAAGGAGAUGAUAAGGACACUAGGAUGCCUCAGGAAGUUCCCAAGGACAUCCCAAUACCCAAGGAAGGACACAAACCUCCCAAAAUACAGUAUGUGCCCCAUGUCCCAGUGUCCCAGGAGGCAGAACAAGCUCAUAAUACAUCCCAGGACACACAGGAAGAUAAGGACACCAGGAAGCCCCAGGAUAUGCCCAAGGACAUCCCAAUACCCAAGGAAGGACACAAAGCUCCCAAGAUACAGUAUGUCCCCCAUGUCCCAGUGUCCCAGGAGGCAGAACAAGCUCAUAGGACAUCCCAGGACACGCAGGAAGAUAAGGACACUGGGAAGCCCCAGGAUAUGCCCAAGGACAUCCCAAUACCCAAGGAAGGACACAAAACUCCCAAGAUACAGUAUAUCCCCCAUGUCCCAGUGUCCCAAGAGGCAGAACAAGCUCAUAGGACAUCCCAGGACACACAGGAAGAUAAGGACACCAGGAAGCCCCAGGAUAUGCCCAAGGACAUCCCAAUACCCAAGGAAGGACACAAACCUCCCAAGAUACAGUAUGUACCCCAUGUCCCAGUGUCCCAAGAUGCUGAAGAGGUCAUUAGGACAUCCCAAGACAUUAAGGACUCCAAGGACAUACCAAAGGACAUCCCCAUACCCAAGGAAGGACACAAAACUCCCAAGAUACAGUAUAUCCCCCAUGUCCCAAUAUCCCAAGUGCAUCCUGCCAUUUCACAGGACAUCAGAUUGGACAUGGAUGUGAAACAGCCACCCAAAGGACCCCCACGGGAUGUCCCAGUGUCCCAAAAGGAUACAGGGAAGAAGGACACGAAGAUACAGUAUGUCCCCCAUGUCCCAGUGUCCUCAGAGGUCCUUCAGUCAACCAGUGCAGAAAAGGACAUCACGGUAGGAUCCAAGGAGGCUACAGUGGACAUCCCUAAGGACACUGGAGGCGCAAAACCGAAGGAUAAGACCAAGGACACGAAGAUACAGUAUAUUCCACAUGUCCCAGUGUCCCAAGAUGUCCCUCAGCAACAUACCCAAGAUAAGGACAUCAAGUUGGACAUCAAGGAACCUCAAAAGGACAUCACUAAACCGAAGGAUGUCCAAAUUCAGUAUGUCCCCCAUGUCCCAGUGUCCCAGGAUGUCUCACCAGAGGCCCAGAGACAGGACAUCACACUACCACCCAUGUCCCCAAAAUCCAUGGAACCAGAGGAGGAAGUGAGGAAAAGGGACAUUAAAAUCCAGUAUGUCCCAUGUCUACCCCCAUCAGAAGUAGACACGGGUAAGGACAUCCCCUCCCCUGUGCAUGUCCAAGGUCUGAAUGGACAUGGGAUAGGAGUGGGAUUAGGACACCAGAUAGAGGUUAAGAUCUCAAAGCAGCAGGAGAUUAGGACAUGGGCGAAGGAUAUGGAGGAGAAAGUGGAGAUUGUGGAGGAGAAAAAGGACAUCAGGGAACAGAAAGUGGACAUCAGGGAACAAGUGGACAUCGGGGAACAAAAAGUGGACACCCUGGGACAAGUGGACAUCAGGGAACAAAAAGUGGACAUCAGGGAACAAAAAGUGGACACCAGGGAACAGAAAGUGGACAUCAGGGAACAACUGGACAUCGGGGAACAAAAGGACAUCAGGGAACAAAAAUCGGACAUCGUAUCACAAGAAUCACAACUGGACAUGGAAUUGGACAUGGCUCCCUACACCACCGAAAUCAACGCUUCAGAAAUGGACACCAGCCGCCCGGAGGAAUGGGACACCACCACAACCACCACCACUGCUCCUCCACCAUACCAGUCACCGCUCCACAUAACCACAUCCGCCGAAAUCCACACCGCAACCAAAACGGACAUCAGAAGGACAUCAAAGGACACGUACAAGCUCCACUAUGUCCCUUGCGUUUCCCGGGACAUCCCACCUCCGCAGGAACUUGGCUAUGUCCCACUGGCUCCGGGCGACUUGGAACGGCUUAAGACGGAGCAGAGGAUGUCCCAAAAUGUCCCAAAGUUGAUCGUCACCUCACCAUCCGCCCAUCAGAUUCUUCCACUGGUUGGGACAUCGCCUCCACCAUCACCACCUCCACUUCCACCAGGCUCCGAUGCUGCACUCUGGCACUGUGCCGCAGAGAGGUAA